AUGGCUCUGGAGGCCCAGACGCCCGCCGUCUCGGGCGGGUGGUUCGCCGUGGGCUGGUCGGCAACCGGCAAGAUGUACCCUGCUGAUGCCGUCAUUGUCAACACCGAACUCUACGGCGAAAUUGGCGGCUAUCAGAUGAUUCACGACUCGGCCACGGCCCUCAUCCCCACCACGAGAUUCGCGCUGGGUGCAGGCGCCACCUACAUCAAGCCCGCUUCCACUUACCCCAGCGGCGCUGCUACCACGUACCCCGGCGGCGCUGCUACCACUUACCCCGGCGGCGCUGCUACCACUUACCCCGGCGGCGCUGCUUCCACGUACCCCGGCGGCGUUGCUACCAUGAACACCACCAGCGGCGUCAAGAGCCCCGGCGGCGCUGUCCCGUACGCCGGCAGCGGCGUUGCCACGUACGUAUUUGAGUAUAAUAUCGCGCUUACCCUCUGCAACCUUCGUGCUGGGCUCGGCCACCUACACCAGGCCUGCUUCUACGCACCCUGGCGGCGCUGUCCCGUACGCCGGCAGCGGCGUUGCCACGUACGUACUACGUGCAUUCGUGCUUAUCUGGUAAGCAGAGGGGCCCUCUCUAGCAGAGAGCCCCUCUCUAGCAAAGGGGCCCUCUGUUCUCUGUUCAUAGUACCGAGCAGGUUUCCCCCGGACCCCGUAUCGCAUCGCACUUACCCUCACUCGCACCCUCGUACCCCCUCUCACCACCACCUCCCACCCCACCCCACCCUCUCCCCCCUGCAGUUUCUCCCGCACGUUUCUCCCGCACGUUUCUCCCGCACGGUGGGCACGGGCGACCAGAUCAACUUCGUGAACGGACCCAUGAAGACCAUUUGGGCCUACUCCGACGGCGAGUCAACCUCGUUCAACGCCGGCCACGCCACCCAACGAGGCGUCGUCACAAUCGAUUACACCUGCAACCCCAACGCCGUCAAUCCCCCGCCGCCCGCCCCUUCUGCCAAACCUCCGCCUCCCGCCCCUUCCACCGCCAAACCCCCGCCCCCCCCUGCUUCCACCAAACCCUCCCCCCCGCCACCUGUCGCCCGCGCCUCCCCGCCUCCCCCGCCGUCUUCCACGCCCAAGCCGUCUCCUCCUCCUCCUGUGUCACCCCCUGCUGGAGGCAUGGCGUGUGUCAAGUCAUCACUUGCUGGGUUCUCGUACCAAGUGGCUCUGAAUGGACCCCUAGUCCUCCUCCAUUGGACCUUUGCCACCAAGAGAGUCAUCAAAUUCGCCAUAGAGGUCCUCCUCCAUUGGACCUUUGCCACCAAGAGAGUCAUCAAAUUCGCCAUAGAGGCUCGCAAGGGCGCUCUUGCCAAGGGAGGCUGGAUGGCCGUUGGAUGGUCAAGCAACAAGGGCAAGAUGAAGGGCUCAGAUGCGGUCGUUGGGAAUCUGCCUGGAGUGGUGGCAGUGCACUUGGGUGGUUACAGCAAGAAGCUUGUAACGAGGACGAAAGCGUUUAAUAUCGGCUCUCCUGGCGUUGCUGUUACUGCAAAAGGCAGCACGGCAAUUACAUUUGCCAGGAAGGUGGGCACGGGGAAAGUACCAAUCAAGCUCAACGCCACCAACUACCUCAUCUGGGCUUUAAGCAACACCACCACCAAAACCUUCUCCUUCCAUGGCAACAACCAGGGCGGCCUUGCAGUCGACUUCUCGUGCUACAAGAAGCCCCGGUACCUCUGGGGUGGCGGGCCCGACUACAAUGAUGACUCGGACUAUGACAACCCGCCUCCCUCUGGUGGCGGCGGUGGUGGUGGUGGUGGUGAUGAUGACGACGAUGACGAUGAUGAUGACCAUCAUGACGACGACGACGAUGACGACGAUGACGAUGAUGAUGAUGACGACGAUCAUGACCACCACCACCGUCACCAUGACGAUGACGAUGAUGAUGACGAUGAUGACGAUGACGACGACCACCACCACCACCGCAAGUCGAAACAUCGCAAGUCGUCGGCCAAAAAGUCAUCCAGCAGCAAAUCAACCUACCGCUACAGCGUCCCUAUCCCACACGGUUCCUCCAACCCGUUGGCUGGUGCUGCUGCAAGCAGCAAGCGUGCCAUGAACCAUUUGUUCGGGCAGAAGCCGUUGGGCCAACAACAGCGUGUUCCUGGUGCUGCUGCUGGGUGA